AUGGGAAUAGUCAAUCCCUCGAAUGAGACAGCCAACACGGUGAUCUAUAUGCUGCCGGCCAAGGAUAUUGGACCAGAGGUUUGGCGUGCCGGAGUCGAUUGCCUGGAUAGCUUUGCGCAGAUCUUCUUCUAUAGGAAACCCGCAGAGAGAUUCACCAGAGCCUACAACCUUAUGCUGACCCAUGCCUUCAAUCUCUCCAGUCCGGCUGACCAGAUCCAGGAGGGUUUCAGCAAGCGUAUCAAUGAGGCAGCAACGGAUCCUACGGAACCAAGGAGAGGGGAACUCUUCCAGAUGAGAGUGGUCACCGAUCAUAGUCGCAAUGAGCGGAGCAAGAUUUUCGGUGCCCUGAUCUACACGGAUAACUAUGUGAUCAUUGUGGAUUCAGUUGAGCGUCUACUCAGCCUGCUGAGUCGCUUUGUGAGCAAGAUGCGCUCCUGGAAUCCGGGAGCCCGCUUUCUGGUGCUCUUCCACAAUCCGCACAUGCGUAAUAGACCCUGGACCGUGGCCUCCCAGAUCUUCAACGAACUGAUGCACAGCUUCUAUGUACAUCGCGUGGCCCUGCUCUAUGCCAACUCCUCCAUGGACUACAAUUUGCUGGUCAAUGAUUACUACAGCAAUGUGGAUUGCCGGAUUUUAAGUGUCCAAAGUGUGGGUCAGUGUCACGAUGGAGAGCUAUACCCCAGUCCCAAUGCCGUGCAUGCUUCUAUGUUGGAUUAUACGGCGGGAUUUAGUCCUGCAUAUUGCACCUUCUAUGUUUGUGCCUCGAUCUCGGCACCGUUUGUAGAGGCCGACUGCGUAGCGGGUCUGGAGAUGAGGAUACUGGGGUUUAUGAGGAAUCGAAUGCGGUUUAAUGUAAAUCAAACUUGCAGCACAGAGUCUCGUGGAGAGAUAGACAAUAAUGGCGUAUGGAAUGGCUUACUAGGAAGGCUGACUGACAACGAAUGCGACUUUGUUAUUGGCGGCUUCUAUCCGGACAACGAGGUGGCCGACUUCUUUUGGGGUUCCGAUACCUAUCUUCAGGAUGCGCACACUUGGUACAUAAAGGUGGCAGACCGCCGACCCGCCUGGCAGGCAAUGGUCGGGAUCUUUGAGCCCACCACCUGGACCGCAUUCAUCUUGGUGCAGCUGCUCAGCUGGUUUUCCUGGUUCGCCUUUGUCAAGUUGCUACCGGAACCAAGGUACUACCAACAGAUUAGCCUGACGGCCAUCAACAGCAUGGCCGUGGCGAUUGGCAUUGCAGUUCAAGAACGUCCCAUAUGUGGGGCCACGCGGGUCUUCUUCGUGGCCCUCACCUUGUACGGCCUCAAUGUGGUGGCCAUCUAUUCGUCCAAGAUGAUUGGAACGUUCCAGGAUCCCGGCUACCUCCAUCAACUGGACGAAAUCACAGAAGUGGUGGAAGCUGGCAUUCCCUAUGGCGGUCAUGAGGAGAGUCGUGAUUGGUUCGAGAACGACGACGACAUGUGGAUCUUCAAUGGUUACAACAUCUCACCGGAGUUCACUCCGAAGACUAAUAACCUGGAGGCCGUAAAGUGGGGUCAUCGCUGCAUCCUCAGUAAUCGGAUGUACACGUUGCAGAGUCCUCUGGCCGAUGACAUCUAUGCGUUUGAACAGAAUGUCUUCAGCAGUCCGCUGCAGAUGAUCAUGAAGGCAGGGUUUCCCUUUCUCUUCGAGAUGAACAGCAUCAUCCGGCUGAUGCGAGAUGUGGGCAUCUUUCAAAAGAUCGAUGCCGAUUUCCGUUACAACAACACGUACUUAAACAGGAUCAACAAGAUGAGGCCACACUUUGCAGACACUGCCAUUGUACUGACCACGGAACAUCUCAAGGGACCCUUUUUCAUCCUGGUGGUGGGCAUCUUUUGUGCCGGCCUCACGUUUCUCGGAGAGCUAAUCACUCGGCAUUGGCGCUGCCAGGUGGUCAGCAGGAAGCAGCAGGACAGGAUUAAGCCAAGCAAAAAGAAGAAACGUGGCAAGGGUAAGGCUAAGAGAAAGGUUAAAUGGAACAAGGGAUUUCAGGGUGGCAAUACCAUCCAAGUUCAAGUGGCUCCAGUUGUACGAUUUACGCCAGUCAAGCGACGCAAAGUUUUCUAG